AUGCCAGUCUCAAGACAUGGAAACAAGCCUCCGGCUUUGGCAUCUCAUGGGAAAAGCAACAAACCCUCAAAACCCCAAUUGAAAUGGGACCACGAAAUGGCCUACAAAGCUGAAAUAGUUUCUCGCAAAUAUCGUCAAUGCAAAACCAAGCCCAGAGGAGCCCAAGACCUCCAUGGUCAGGCAUCCCAGAAAGAAAAAUCGCCGGGGGCACCAUUUAAGCCGCCACGCACAUCUGGAUUAUAUGCACAGAAUUGGUUGAUGGUUAGACUUGAAUCAGAGUGGGAAGGCCACACGAUCACGGUUCACCCGCUUGAUUGGGAAGAAUUUGAGGCCAACGAAAAGGAUGGUCACAGGUUGCUCACAAGCGCCAUCAACUUCAUUCGGUAUUGGGAUCAAUAUAUCAAGGAUAAUCCCGAAGAUCUGAAGGACAUGGAUCAAAUUUUUGCAAGCUGGGUUGCCUCUUCAUGUACUGGUGAUAAUCCAUACCGCGCAAAACUUAAGGUGUGA